AUGCAGUGUCUGCAGUUGAAGUCGACCUCUACGGUCCUCGGGAUCACCAGCAGCGCAAGCAAAGAUGAGAUCCGGAAGGCUUAUCGCAAGGCCGCGCUCGCAAGUCACCCUGACAAAGCCCCCGAAGCCGAACGUGAAACAGCAGAAGUCAAAUUCAAGGCCGUCCAGGAAGCCUACGAUAUCCUUUACGAUGAUGACAAGCGGCAUUUAUACGACACACAUGGAAUGGGCGCCUUCAACGGAUCUGGGGAGCCCGGAAUGGGCGCCGGCCCUGACCUAGACGAUAUCUUGGCGCAGAUGUUCGGUGGUAUGGGUGGUAUGGGCGGUAUGCCUGGCAUGGGUGGUAUGCCCCGAGGCGCGCGCGCGAACAAGCCCCGCAAAAGCCCGAAUGAGGAGCAGAAGUAUGAAGUCAAGUUGGAAGAUUUGUAUAAGGGAAAGACGGUCAAGUUUUCGAGCGUGAAGAAUGUGAUUUGCUCUCUUUGCCAGGGCAAAGGAGGCAAGGAAAAGGCACAGGCCAAGAAAUGCGCUACUUGCGGUGGACAAGGUGUCAAGCAGGUCUUGAACCAGAUGGGACAGUUCCUUACCACGUCAACUGUCGCUUGCUCAACCUGUAAUGGCGAGGGCGAAUUUUUCAGCCCCAAGGACAAGUGCAAGAAGUGUAAAGGGAAUAAGACUACGGAAGCGAAGAAGAUCCUGGAGAUCUAUGUUCCUCGCGGAGCAAGGGGAGGGGAUAAGAUCAUUUUGGAGGGCGAAGCAGAUCAGGUACCGGGACAAGAACCGGGUGACAUCGUGUUCCACAUCGUCGAAGAGGAACAUGCCGUCUUCAGAAGGGCUGGGUCAGACCUGACCGCUACCAUCGAUGUUACAGUGGCUGAAGCUUUGACUGGCUUUCACCGCGUUGUGAUCAAGCACCUCGAUGGCCGAGGCAUUGAAUUGCAACACCCCAAGAAAGCGGGUGAUGUCUUGUCCCCAGGACAGGUUCUGAAAAUAUCUGGAGAGGGCAUGCCGAUGAAGCGCGGCGACGAGCGCGGUGACCUGUACCUGAUCGUUAACAUCAAAUUCCCGGAUGAGAACUGGAAGCCUAAUGCUGAGGUUUUGGAGAAACUUAAGGAGUUGUUGCCCAAGCCCGCUUCCUCCAUCCAGGCUGAUACAGUUGACGAAGUUGACUAUAACCCUAAAGGUGAUCUGAAUGAAUUUGGGGCUAGGGACUCUCAUGGCGGCUCUGCGUGGGAAGAUGAUGACGAUGAAGGUGAACCAGCUCAGUGUGCGACCCAGUGA